CAGGCGUUUGCUCUUACAGGGGUCAGUGUCCUGCAUGGAUGUGGCGGUAGAUUUCAACAGAGAGGAGUGGCAGCAUCUAGGCCCUGCCCAGAGGGGUCUCUACCAGGGUGUGAUGCAGGAGACCUUCAGCCACCUGCGCCCAGUCGAAGAAUCGCAGCAGACUGGCGACGGGAACAAGACCUAUCAGCAAGUAGAAACUAGAUCAGCGAGUGAUGUAGUGUUCAUCAAGGGCCCGUUGGAUACAAAGAGCCAUUAUGGAUAUAAGGGCAUUAAAAAAAUAAUUCGUGUGAACACAUACAGUGUUCUUUCUCCCAGGAGACUCCGUCAGUGUGGCUCACUUGGGAAUAAUCUGAAAUAUAAUUUGGAUUUGCAGAGUCGUGAUGAAAAGAAUGUGCUGAAGAGAGUGAAAAAGAUUGCUGUGUACGGUAAGGUUGCAUCCCGUGCCACCGCCGAGCAUAUCCUAACAGGAGAGAGACUAUGGGGCCGUAAUCAAUGUGGGAAAGCCCUCAGUUAUGAACAAGUACCUUGUCAAUAUCAGAAAAUCCACCUUGGGGAGAAGCCAUAUGAACAUGCUGAAUUAGGAAGGAUUUUCACCCACAAGGCACAGCUCAGAGUACAUGUGAGAUCUCAUACAGGAGAAAAACUCUACGUGUGUGUUGAAUGCGGGAGGGCAUUUUCACAGGAGCUGGAAUUCCUCACACAUCACAAAGCCCACAGUCGAGAGAAGCCCUAUAAAUGUAGCGACUGUGGCAAGUCCUUUCUGCAAGUGUCUUCCCUGUUCAGGCACCAGCGGAUCCACACUGGGGAAAAGCUCUAUGAGUGCAGCGAAUGUGGCAAAGGCUUCUCGUACAACUCAGACCUCAGCAUCCAUCGGAAGAUCCACACAGGGGAGCGACAGCACGCGUGUCGUGACUGUGGCAAGGCCUUCACUCAGAAGUCCACACUCAGGAUGCACCAGAAAAUCCACACGGGGGAGCGGGCCUACGUGUGCAUCGACUGCGGCCAGGCUUUUAUCCAGAAGACGCACCUGGUGGCACACCGAAGAAUCCACACCGGAGAGAAGCCGUUCGCGUGCGGCGACUGUGGGAAAGCCUUCAGUUCCAAGUCCCAGCUGCAGGCCCACGAGCGAGCGCACGCGAGAGCCAGGGCCCGUGCGCCUGCCGACGGCGGCCACGGCUGCAGUUCCACCCUCACUGCGCAGAAGACAGCUAAAAUGAGAGCGAAGUCUUCCGUCUGCGCCGAGUGCGGGAAGGCCUUUGCCUACCGGUCAGAGCUGGUCAUCCACCAGAGAACCCACACCGGGGAGAGGCCCUACCAGUGCGGCCGCUGCGGCAAAGCCUUCAGCCAGAAGUCAGCCCUCACCGUGCACCAAAGAAUCCACACCGGAGAAAAGUCCUACGUGUGCGUGAACUGUGGGCUGGCGUUCAUCCAGAAGGCGCACUUGGUUGCACACCAGGUAAUUCACACUGGAGAAAAGCCUUAUAAGUGCGGUCACUGUGGAAAGCUCUUCACGUCCAAGUCACAGCUCCAUGUACACAGGCGAGUCCACACAGGAGAGAAACCCUACGCGUGCAGCAAGUGUGCGAAGGCGUUCGCCAGCCGGUCAAACCUCAUCACGCAUCAGAAAACUCACACCGGAGAGAAGUCCUAUGUGUGUGCAAAGUGUGGAAAGGCCUUCACUCAGAGGUCGGACCUGGUCACACACCAGAGGAUUCACACCGGAGAGCGACCGUUCGCGUGCAGCACCUGUGGGAAAGCCUUUACCCAGAAAUCCCACCUCAACAUGCAUCAGAAAAUCCAUACGGGGGAGAGACCGCACAAGUGCCAUGACUGCGGGAAAGCCUUCAACCAGAAGUCCAUCCUCGCCGUGCACCAGAAAAUCCACACAGGCGAGAAGCCCUACGUCUGCCCCGAGUGUGGGAGAGCCUUCAUCCGCAAGUCUAACCUCAUUACCCACCAAAGAAUCCACACCGGGGAGAAGCCGCACGCGUGCGGGCACUGCGGGAAGGCCUUCACCUCCAAGUCGCAGCUCCUGGUGCACCAGCCGGUCCACACCGGCGAGAAGCCCUACGCGUGCGCUGACUGUGGGAAGGCGUUCAGCGGCAGGUCCAACCUCAGUAAGCACCGGAAGACCCACGGCGGCGAGAAGCCCUACGUCUGUUCCGAGUGCGGGAAGCCCUUCAGGCAGAAGUCAGAGUUGCUAACGCAUCACAGGGUCCACACCGGGGAGAAGCCGUACGCGUGCGGGGACUGCGGGAAGGCCUUCACCAAGAAGUCCCAGCUGCAGGUGCACCAGCGAGUCCACACCGGGGAGAAGCCGUACGUGUGUGCUGAGUGCGGGAAGGCCUUCACCGACCGGUCCAAUCUGAAUAAACACCAAACCACUCACGCCGGGGAGAAGCCUCACAAGUGCGUCGUCUGUGGGAAAGGCUUCAUGCAGAAGUCAGUGCUCUGUGUGCAUCAGAGUGUUCAUGCUUGAGCACUGUGAGGGAAAAGCAACCUUACUGAUGC